AUGGCCGCAUGUGAAGCAAACCCAUCCGCUGGCAAAUCUGCUUUCCUGAAAACCAAUCAAAACUCCUUUCCCUCUCAGCACAUUCUCAUCUCAUGCGGUACUGUCCCGGUCGAUCCGACCACGCACAAGAUCGCCCUCCUCCGUGACGCAUCCGACAACACAUACCACCUCCCCAAGGGCCGCAAGAACAUCGAUGAAGACCUCCUCGCGGCUGCUCUACGGGAGACGUAUGAAGAGACGGGCCUGAGUGUGACCGCUUUGCCGCUCAAGGUAGCCACGCGUGCGACACCCACGCAGGACAUGCUCGGCACGUUUGCUAUCGGGACAAACCCUGAUGUCACCGACGGGCUGCUCAACUGUGAGGUGUCUUCUGUCUGCGUUUAUCCGUGUGUGUACACGGGAGCGUUCAAGAUGGUCUUUUGGUUUGCCGCCAAGGCAGAUUCCACAGCCAUGCCAGACGCGGGAACGAGAGAGGCAUGGGAGGAGCAUCUACACUUGGAAUGGGUUGAUGCACCUGAGGCAGCGGCCAUGAUGGCAUUCAAGUCGAAUGGCCAGGUCAUAGACAAGGUCUUGGCUGACAUGAGGAACUCGGGUUAUCGAAUCUGA